AUGUCUGACUAUGGACCCGAAGUCCCCCUCCCGGACUACGAUCCUGAAGGAUACACACUUGAAGAAGCAAUCAUGCAAUCGAAUGCUACCCUCACCGCAAAACUCAUCUCUGGCGGCGCCAAUGUCAAGCAAACUAAUGCCAGGGGUGAAACGCUUCUCAUGCUCGCCGCCACUGUGGGGAAUGAGUCCAUCCUAAAAUUGCUUCUACAAAAUGGGGCAAAAAUAAACGCUGCGGACCGCAAUGGCCGGACAGCGUUGCACUGGGCUGCCAUUGACGAUGAAACUACUCGUAUCUUAGUUGACAAUGGAGCCCAAGUGAAUAAACAGGACAACAAUGGCAAGACGGCUAUGCAUCUCGCCGUGGAUGACGAUGAAAGGGGAGUAGUUCAUGUCUUGCUUCAGGGGGGCGCUGAUCCAGAUCGAAAGAUAAUAAAGGAAGGACGCCCAGAGGCUUGGCGAAGAAGUAUGGGAACAAGAAAAUUUUAUGGUUGA